AUGGCGUCGCCAGCUUCAGAACAGCCGCCGCAAUCCGUCCGCUUCAGCGAUGUCAACCAGGAGAUCGAGCCUGAAGGCGCCCUCCAGCAUGUGACUGGUCUUACCGGCGCUGGUGAGACGACGUCGAAGGAACCAUUGAGCCCCCAGGCGGAACAGGAACUGCGUAACUUGUCUUCAACCUUGCAGCAGUCUCGUGUCCAGGCGAAGCGCAUGGAGAACUUCUCCUUUGAGCCCGUCUCGUUGCCGCCCUCAAGAGCUCCAUCUCCAUCGCCUGCCUCCCGCACACCCUCUGCUCAAUCUUCCCAACAUCGUUCCUCAGUCACGCAAGCUGUACAGUCGCCGCCAUUGACACCAGCCGGCACAUCCUCCCGCGAUGAAAGACCUACAAUUGCCGACCACAUGAAGCGACCGAGCGACCCCGCAUUAAUGACUCCUCAGAUCUCUCCUCCUCAUGAGCCUCCACCAACCUCGAUGGAUUCGUCCGUAAAUCAGAAUACGGCAGCUCCGAGCUCCCCACAGACAGCGCCACGGACCCGACCUUCGUCAGUACUUGAACCGGAUGUCGUACAACCACACCCAAGGCAUGGACCUUCGUUCACUGUCGGCCCAGCUGGUGAUUCUCUACCAGCUUCACGAGAUGCCAGCCCUUCCGGAUCGGGCGGAGAGCGGACCCCUGGAUAUCAUUCUCCCGGCACCUCUACUCCAUCGUCGAUCAGCCGCCCAUUCACCCCUCAAGGUGACCAGAAUGACCCAUACUCUCGCUCCAAACGUAUGCCUCAGCCAAAGAACCUUGAUGGCUUGGAUGCACGAUUCAUUUUUGGCAGCCGUGAUGGGCGAAGUCGCCGAAAUCAAUCAGCGUCAUCCUCGACUACCACGUUACCCAGGUCCAAGGGUACAGCCUCUGAUAAGGAAGACGGUGGUAGUAACAGAGCAAGCAUCUUUGGCGGCAGUGGGCGACCUGGGAGCCGUUACAGCUCAGACACAGAGACCGACUCAAAGCCUCACAAGCACGGACACGACUCCAUGUCCAACCUGAAGCGAUUUUUCAAGAUCGGACACAAGCACAAGGACAAAGAGAAGGAGAAGAAAGAGCACAAGAACCCCGCUCCGGUUAUCAAGCGCGAGAAGCCUACCAGGUCCAGCAAGGCAGGCAUCAUGACUCCGCCUUUGACCAACGGAAUGGCUAGUGUGCCAUUCGCGGACGAUCACGGUCUUGAGAGCAAGUAUGGCAAGUUCGGGAAAGUCCUUGGCUCCGGCGCUGGGGGCUCCGUCCGAUUGAUGAAGCGUAGCAGUGAUGGCGUGACCUUUGCUGUGAAGCAAUUCCGUGCCAGACAUUCGUACGAGUCAGAACGCGACUACAACAAGAAGGUCACCGCCGAAUUCUGUAUAGGUUCGACUCUUCAUCACGGCAACAUCAUUGAGACCAUGGACUUGGUAAACGAGAAGGGUAGCUACUACGUCGUGAUGGAGUAUGCGCCAUUCGACCUCUUCGCCAUCGUCAUGACUGGCAAGAUGAGCCGUGAGGAGAUGGCCUGCUGCACCCUUCAGAUUCUCAACGGUGUGAACUAUCUGCAUGGUAUGGGUCUGGCUCACCGUGAUUUGAAGUUGGACAACGUCGUGGUCAACGAACACGGCAUCAUGAAGAUCAUCGACUUUGGGAGUGCGGCAGUUUACAGAUAUCCGUUCGAGAAUGAUGUUGUUCUUGCAAGUGGUAUCGUUGGCUCUGAUCCUUAUCUGGCUCCCGAAGUUUAUGACCUUUCCAAGUACGAUCCGCAACCUACGGACGUCUGGUCAAUGGCCAUCAUCUUCUGUUGCAUGACCUUGCGUCGUUUCCCGUGGAAGGCCCCCCGGAUAUCUGACAACUCAUAUAAGUUGUUUGUAUCUCCACCUAACGAUGGCCCGAGAUCCAUUACUGGACCUUCAAAAUCUGCUGCCGACCUCCAACAUGCUGCUGAUGAUCACAGAGCUGGCAUUCAGUCUGCGCCAGCUUCACGCCAUCCAUCCGGUGAAGGUCAGAAUUCUAAUGGAGCCCCCGCAGUGUCUGCUAGCAGUCAAAGCCAGCAACAACCUCAGGUGAUCAAGGGACCAUGGCGCCUCUUGCGUUUGCUCCCAAGAGAGAGUAGACACAUCAUAGGCAGAAUGCUUGAAGUCGACCCAAAGAAGCGUGCUACACUGGAAGAGAUCAUGAACGACAAGUGGGUUCAGAAUAGCCAGGUGUGCUCUCAGGAAGAUGGUGGCCGCGUUCUUCGAUGCGACAAUCACGAGCAUACGCUCGAGCCUGGCGCCGGUGCAUCCGCUCCCAGCACGCAGCAAAAGAAGUGA